GCGUCCUUGCCGAGCACCUUGACUAUUUAAAGCCAUGAUGAUCAUAGCCUCAAGCAGAACCUGACCAAACAGAAACAUUUUUUGUCUAGAAAACAGAUGCAUGUUUAGUUUCAAGUUCCACUUGCUUUGACUCAUGAGCCUGGAUUUGAAAAUAUACAAAAACAGGAAUUCAGUUACGAUGCUGCCUCUGGUCCUAUGCUUCAUCUUCCUCUUCUGCAAAGGUCUCGCUGAAGACACAGUGGCAGAGGACAUUGGACCUCACCAGCUGGAGCGUUUGGUGGGGCUUCUGACAGAUCGUGAGUGUGAGGAGCUCAUUUCUGUCAUGUCUCAUGACGAGGAGAAUGUCUUCCAACGCCUGGACCGACUUUCACCAGAAAGAAACCAGCUACAACUGGAAACACGAAGACGGAGAAAUACAAGUAAGCAAACUUAUUGUCGCUCGGCACUCAAGGACUGGCUGCAGACUCAUGGCAGGCAGAUUUACUACGACAGGCUGUCUCGUGCACUGCAACAGAUUGGCAGGACUGACAUUGCCAUAGAGGUGGGUAAAAACAUCAACCAGGAUAAAAUUCUUGCCAUGCAAAGAUAUGUAGAUGGGUACCACGAUCUUGUUAAUAAAAUGGCCGCCCAACAAGAGAAGCACCAAUCAGAUUCGGAGGAUAAUGAUGACCAUGAAGAGGAGCUGCUGUACUCUCCAAAACAGGCAAGAGGGUUUACCUGGGAAGAUGUGGAUUUAGUGGUAAAGAGGCAGCCUGUGCCACCUUCUCAGCGUCGACUACUCAACAUAGCGUGGCCUCUGCUUUACGGCCUCGUCCUUGGAUUUGCCGGGGCGCUGCUCGUGAGUGUGUCCAUCCUGCUUAUUACCAUAUAUGUAUCCCGUGGCAACACAACUAAUUACAAAACUGCCCAUCAUCAUCCUCUACUUGGCGUUGUGACAUCAUCAGGGAGAGCUCCUUCGAAAACAGUGCCCUGA